UUGACAGGCCAUGCAGAGAAAGUUGGCAUUGAAAACUUCGAACUCCUGAAAGUUCUUGGAACAGGGGCCUAUGGAAAAGUGUUCCUAGUAAGGAAAGUAAGUGGCCAUGAUGCUGGAAAGCUAUAUGCCAUGAAAGUACUGAAGAAAGCGACAAUAGUUCAAAAAGCCAAAACAACUGAGCACACAAGGACAGAACGACAAGUGUUGGAGCACAUUAGGCAAUCACCAUUUUUGGUCACAUUACAUUAUGCCUUCCAGACAGAUACAAAGCUUCAUCUCAUUUUAGACUAUAUAAAUGGAGGAGAAUUGUUUACUCACCUUUCACACAGAGAGAGAUUCUCAGAAAAUGAGGUGCAAAUUUACAUUGGGGAAAUCGUUUUGGCACUUGAACAUCUCCACAAGUUGGGGAUUAUAUAUCGGGAUAUAAAACUUGAGAAUAUUCUCCUUGAUUCUGAUGGCCAUGUGGUGCUGACAGACUUUGGUCUGAGUAAGGAGUUUCUUGCUGAUGAGAAUGAGAGAGCAUAUUCCUUCUGUGGAACAAUAGAAUACAUGGCUCCAGAUAUUGUAAGAGGAGGAGAUACAGGACAUGAUAAGGCUGUUGAUUGGUGGAGUGUUGGUGUUCUUAUGUAUGAGUUACUAACUGGAGCAUCACCAUUUACAGUUGAUGGAGAGAAGAAUUCCCAAGCAGAGAUUUCUAGGAGAAUAUUAAAAAGUGAGCCACCUUAUCCACAAGAAAUGAGUGCACUGUCUAAGGAUAUAAUUCAGCGUCUUUUGAUGAAAGACCCCAAGAAGAGGCUAGGUUGUGGUCCCACUGAUGCUGAUGAAAUCAAACAGCAUCCCUUUUUCCAGAAUAUGAAUUGGGAUGAUUUAGCUGCCAAAAAAGUAUCAGCUCCAUUUAAACCGGUAAUCAGAGAUGAGUUGGAUGUCAGUAAUUUUGCAGAAGAGUUUACAGAAAUGGAUCCGACAUAUUCUCCUGCAGCAACCCCUCAGACUUCAGAAAGAAUAUUUCAGGGAUAUUCUUUCGUUGCACCUUCUAUUUUGUUUAAACGCAAUGCAGCUACAGUAGAUCCUCUUCAGUUUUAUAUGGGGGAUGAGCGGCCUGGAACUACAACUAUUGCCAGAAGUGCUAUGAUGAAGGACUCUCCAUUUUAUCAUCAUUAUGAACUGGAUCUGAAAGAGAAACCAUUGGGAGAAGGAAGUUUUUCCAUUUGUCGAAAGUGCUUACACAAGAAAACUAGCCAAGAGUAUGCAGUAAAAAUAAUUAGCAAAAGAAUGGAAGCCAACACCCAGAGAGAAAUAACAGCUCUGAAACUCUGCGAAGGACACCCGAAUGUAGUGAAGUUACAUGAAGUUUAUCAUGACCAGCUUCACACAUUUCUAGUAAUGGAAUUGCUGAAGGGAGGAGAAUUGCUUGAACGUAUUCAGAAAAAGAAACAUUUCAGUGAGACUGAAGCCAGUCAUAUCAUGCGCAGACUUGUGUCAGCGGUGAGCCAUAUGCAUGAUGUAGGAGUAGUCCACAGAGAUCUGAAACCUGAGAAUUUAUUGUUUACAGAUGAAACUGAUAAUUCAGAAAUAAAAAUAAUUGAUUUUGGCUUUGCUCGUUUAAAACCACCUGAUAAUCAGCCUCUUAAGACUCCAUGCUUUACUCUUCAUUAUGCUGCCCCAGAGCUCUUGAAUCAUAAUGGCUAUGAUGAAUCUUGUGAUCUAUGGAGUUUGGGGGUCAUUUUGUAUACAAUGCUAUCAGGACAGGUACCAUUUCAGUCUCAAGACAAAAGUUUAACAUGUACCAGUGCAUUGGAAAUUAUGAAGAAAAUUAAAAAGGGAGAAUUUUCCUUUGAAGGAGAAGCUUGGAAAAAUGUUUCUGCAGAAGCUAAAGAGUUAAUUCAAGGACUUCUAACAGUGGAUCCAAACAAAAGAAUAAAAAUGUCCAGCCUGAGAUACAAUGAAUGGCUUCAGGAUGGCAGCCAGCUGUCAUCCAACCCUCUAAUGACUCCUGAUAACUUAGGCUCUUCAGGAGCUGCGGUGCAUACAUAUGUCAAGGCCACUUUUCAUGCCUUUAACAAGUACAAAAGGGAAGGAUUUUGUCUCCAGAAUGUUGACAAGGCACCUCUUGCAAAGAGAAGGAAAAUGAAAAAAACAAGUACAAGCACAGAGACACGUAGCAGCUCCAGUGAAAGUUCACAUUCUUCUUCCUCUCAUUCUCAUGGUAAAACUACACCUACAAAGACACUGCAGCCAACAAACCCUACAGACAGCAAUAACCCAGAAACCAUCUUCCAGUUCUCUGACUGAAAAGCAGAGAAUAUCCUGUCUUGAAGAUUUAGGUGGUUAUAAACUUGGUAGUACCUAUAUUGUCUUCUCCCACCCUUCCCUCCCUGUGGCUUACAGGCUACAGGAAUAUGUCUGUUGCUUUAAAAAUGUAUUUCAAUCAUACCUUUUUAGCUUUGUAUUUCAAUACAUUUCUUUUUAGCAUUAAGUUUGAUAUCACUGGAUAUGGUAUAAUACUAUUAUACAACCAACAUUGUAUGCUCUUAGGGCUAAAUUACUAGUGUGCAGUCAAGCUCAAGGUAAGGAGCUAUGCUGCUCGUGGUACAGCUUGGAGGAAGACUGUUUCUCAGUGUCAGAACCUUCCUCCCAGUUUCUCCCUCACUGUUCAAAGAAAGGAAAGCUCUGUAACACAUAUAGAACUCUUGGAUCUUCUGCUUUUACCCAGCUCUGUGAAGAAUGUCAUAGAAUUUGAUUCUUCACGCAUGUAAGGAAUCAUUGGUACAAUGCACCAAAGCAGUAUAGUACUUCAAGGCCUUUUAAAUUUGUGGAUACGUUCUAUCCCAUUUAUUUAAAUUUUAAGAGCAAAAUGAAAUGUUACGGAACUCUUAUGUUUUAAAAAGUAACUCCAUGUAUCUUGUUCUAAACAACUGGGAAUACAAGUCUUAGAUUUUUUUUUAAUUUAUUUAUUUUUUUUUAAAACCUAGGGUAAAAGAUGUCUGAUAAGGUGAGGUGUCUAGUACUGUGAUACAAUAAUUUUUAUUUCUACUUUUUGAAGUUACUAACUUUUAAAAUGUUUUACAGAUUCUAAAAUGUAAUGCUAUAAGAGAAAAAUUUCAUACUGAAUGCUUUGGAAAAUGGUCACACGUUAAAAAAUCUAUUUCAAGAAUUAAUUAUAAUUUAUAUUUUCUUUUUAUAUUUACACAAUAACUUUAAAAUACUAAGAUUUUCUUAAAGAUGCAGAAACUCCAGUUUCAACAUUUGUUAUUAUAGGGUCCAUACAAAAUGUAUACCAAGUUAUUUUAAUUUUGCAUUGUGCAAAUAUGGCAGUUUAAUAGUGACUGUAAAAUAUUAGAAUAUAUGUUUUCUUUUUUGCACUUUAUAACAUCAAAAGGAGAUGUUUUAUAAUAAAGUGCACUCAGAUCUCUCUUCCUACAAGGUGCUGAGCACUGUUUUACUGGGUUGAAUGACCUGAAAUCCACCUUAUUUGGUGGUUGUGAUCAUUGUGAAGGAGAAUUCUGUACUUUGCAGGAGUGAAUCCCUGUAUAUUACCCACUGUUUUCAUUCCUUACUUUCAACUGCAAAGCUCUUUCUAUCUUGCUUUUACAUUGUAUAUAACAAAUACUAGACCUGGGCACCUUGUGUAGUGUAGAUGUUAACAACUUAUGCACUGGGAAUACUAAAGGGAAAUUAUAUUGAACACUGUGCUUCACAACUUGUUCACUGUGGUGUUCUACAGUGAAGUAUUUCCUACUGUGAUAGUAUAGUAUGUACAUAACUGUUUGGAAUCAUAAAUGUGACUUACAGAAACAUCAGCAUAAACUUUUAAAUCAGCGUAUUUUAUAAAUUUAUGGAGAGCUCUUUUAUUGCUCGUAUUCUCAAUGACUAGGGGUAACUUAAGUGCUAAGGAUGACUCCAGUUUUGCAAAUGCUUACAUGUGUAAGUUUCCACUGAAGUCAGAGAGACUCCUUGUGUAAAGUUAAUCAUAUGCCUAAAUUUGUGUGAUGGAAGACUAAUUGACUAGGGGAUUUUGUUAACAGCUUGCUCUAUCUUAAAGUAACCUUUAUCCAAACCCUAUGCAAAAAA